AGGCGCAGGGGAGGCGCGGCGGGCCGGUGCUUGUUGGGAAAAGCCGCGCCCUGGAGCGCGGGGAACCGAAAGCGAUAACGGGGCGAGGAGAGGAGAGCGGGGCGGCCAUGGAGGGGCAUCGCCCGUACACCUUCCCGCUGCUGGUGCGAGGGGACUGGGGCCCCGCCGAGCCGCCGCCCGAGCUCAGGAAGAAGCUGCACUGCUACUUCCAGAGCCAGAAGCGCUCGGGAGGCGGCGAGUGCGAGCUGCGGACCGGCACCGGGACCGGGAGCGGGCACAUCCUCGUCUGCUUCGCGCGUCCCGAGGUCAAGCAACGAGUUCUUGAGAGACGCUCUCAUCAGUUGUAUUUGGAAGGAGAAGGAAAAUUGAGGUUGAUUGUCACAGAGCCUGAAAUAGCACUAGCUACUAAAGAGGAGACACUUGAAGAAAAAUCAGUUCCUACAAAGGCUUUGGAUGCCGUGAGCAGCCUUGAAACAAAAGAUGAUACCAAAGCCUUGAAGAAAGCAGAGAGUUUUGUUCCAAACAGUGAACUCCAGGAGGAGGUUGACUCUGCAGAGGCUUCACCUUCAGUGGUAUUUGAGAACAUAGAGGGUUGUGCUCCUAACUGCUUACAGAUGCUGUUGGAGAACAUCAGUGGCCUGACUGUAGAUGCUGACUUUACUGUUGAAGUGAUACCUGAAAUAAAUGCUGCUGUAGCUACUUUUAUAAAAAGUAUUGAUACUAAGGAAUUUGUUGAAAAAUGUUCACAACACAAGAGAGUCAGAGAAUUCAAAAUGACUGCCAGGCUUCUUGAAUCAACACACACCAUCAAGGCUGAAAACCUACCAGACAGCAUUUCCACAGACUACCUCACAGUGUACUUUGAGAGCGCACGGAAUGGAGGGGGGCCCGUGUCAGAUGUCCAGCUAUUCCCCAAGGAGAGCUCUGCCAUCGUUACUUUCUGUCACCACAAAGAUCUAAACACGGUCUUGGAAAAGCAACAUUUACUGGAUAAGACGCUGAUUUCUGUGCAUCCAUAUUACCACUCCCUGGGAACAGCUCUCUAUGGAGAAGAAAGACCAGCUGUCAAGAUGCCAGACCCCAUUGGGAUGCCACUAGACCCGUAUGUAUGGCAGUUUUUACAAAGACAUGCCAAUCUGACCCAAGACAUAAACCAGGAAAUGGCAGUCUGCCAUUCUGAGCUCCAAUGGCCCCAAGCAGACUGUGCAAACCCAGAAGUUAUGUUGUGCCCAUCGCCAUCUCUCUGCAAGCAGAAAAAGCCAAUGAUUAAGUUUCUCAAGACAUGGCAGCAAGAUGCUUCCACUGAGUUCUCACGUAUCAUGGCACGUUACACAGCUAUAAAAUGUAAAGUCAAUUCGUCAGGUUGGAAAGAUAUGAAAAAAAGAUUGUCAAAAGAUGUUGCUCUGUCCAUAACUGAUAUUUCUGAGGAGAUGGUGGUGAUUGCUGGCAACAGAGCAGCAGUGGACAGUGCAGAGAAAGAAGUGAGGGAAUGCAUGAAGCAAAGUGAAAGGGAAAAACAUAGCAUAGAAAUUUCUGUGUCAGUGAUCCCAGGGAAGUAUGCUGUGCUGCACAAUGCUGGGUUAGAAGAGAAUAUUCAGAAGGAAUAUCCACGCCUAAGGCUCUUUUACGAUUACAAAAAAAAGGCUGUUCAGUUGUGUGGAUUACCUGCAGAAGUAUAUAAAAUCAAAGCUGACUUACUGGAAAAAGUAUUGAGCGUGCCAUGUACAUCAGUUACCAUUGAUCCCCAUGUUUUCCACUAUCUACGGUGUGUAGAUAAUAAAAAAACCUCAGAUAUGUUAUUCAUUAGGGAAAAAAUUAAUACAUUUUAUGAACUUCAGGAUGAUACUGUGUUUCUAUAUGGAAAUGCUCCCAAAGAUCUUCUAGAAGCAGAAAAGCAAAUAAAAACAGGCUUAGAAUACAAGUGCAUCAAUGUGGGGGAUGGUGAAGUUACUAAAAAGGAUCAGUGGAGGAAUCUACUUCUCUCCUUGCUCAAGACAUAUAAUUCUUCCCAGGAAAUUGUCAUCACUUGGCAGUCUGUUGGAAAAGAAAAUAAAAUGAUUAUUGCUGGCUUUUCUAAGGCUGUAACAGAGGUUUAUCAGAGACUUAAUGCUUUUGUAGAUAGAAACACACUCAUUGAAAAAGUGGUCCCAGCUAAUUCAGCGCUGGCAGUGCAGUUUGUAGAGAAAGAGAAGUCUGGUGUUUGUGAAGAAUUGAAAAAGAAAGGUGUGACAGUAUGUUUUGAUAGUAAGACACCGUGUAUUUCCCUGAGGGGACCAAGAUCAGAAGUGCCAGAAGCAUUCAUCAUGUUUGAAAAACUUGUCUCAUCCCUUUACUCAAAAAAUGUGCCAGUUGAUAAACCAGGGGCAAAGGAGUUCUUCACUGAGAGGAAAGAUUUAUGUAUUUUAGAAGCAAAGCAGAAAUUUAGCUGUUUCAUUAGGAUUAGGGAAGAAGACGAGGAAGAAAAAGAAGAACAGAAUGGUGGAAAAGCUGAAGAUAAAGUGAAAAGAAAGGUCUGCUAUGAAAAAAAACUGCCAGGUGGAAUUGUGGUCGGAGUGUAUGAGGGUAACUUGUGUGACUACCCUGCUGAUGUUGUGGUGAAUGUAUCUAAUAAGAAACUAAAACACAUCAGUGGCCUUGCCUAUGCCCUGUCAAGAGCAGCUGGCCCAGCGCUGCAAGAGGAGUGCGAUGAGCUGGUGCGGAAGCUGGGGAGUUUGCAGCCCGGCUGCGCCGUGAUCACGCGCGCCGGGAAACUGCCCUGCAAGAACGUCAUUCACGCCGUUGGGCCCAGGUGGAGCGAGAAGGAAUCACAAAAGUGCAUGUGGUUGUUAAAAAAGACAGUUAAAAAAUGUCUACAACUGGCUGAAAUAUACAAUCAUUGUUCCAUAGCCCUGCCUGGUAUAAGUGGAGGGGUUUAUGGCUUUCCACCACAUAUGUGUGAAGGUUUGAUUGUGUCCUCCAUCAAGGAGACCUUAGAAGAAUUAGUGGAGGACAGCAGCUUGAAGGAGGUCCAUAUUGUGAGUGAUUCAGAAGAAGUCGUUCAGGUUCUGAGUGAGAAAGUAAAAGAAGUAUUUUCAGCUAAUUCAUUCUCACCAAAAUGGCUGGUGCUGAAAAAAAGCCAGAAGGAGAACAGAAAAGAGGAUCUGAACAUGGUUACGACAAAUGAAGGACUUCGCAUACGAGUGGUGAAGAAAAAUAUUCAGGAAGCCAUGACAGAUGUUGUCGUCAGCAGUGUUGGCACAGAUCUGCAGUUUGGCGUGGGGCCUCUUUGCAAAGCCGUGCUGGAAAGAGCAGGACCAGCUCUCCAAGCUGAGUUUGACAACAAAAAACAAAGUCAGGUUGCUGGACCUGGGAGUGUGCUGUGCACCAGUGGAUGCGCUAUGUUCUGCAAGUCCAUCUUCCAUGCCAUACUACCCAAGUGGGCUGGAGGACAGACAGAGAAGGUCCUAGAAAAUGUAAUCAAUUUCUGCUUGAAGAAAACUGAAGAACUUGGACUGAAAUCAAUCACUUUCCCAGCUAUUGGGACGGGAGGAUUUGGAUUUCCUAAAACCAUUGUUUCUAAGUUAAUGUUUGAUGUGGUAUUCAGGUUCAGUAGCAGUCACACUCGGAUGAAUCUCCAGGAAGUUCAUUUUCUCUUGAGUGUACAAGAUAUUGAUAACAUUCAGGCUUUUACCACUGAGCUACAACUUAAGGCAGAUGAAAUUUGCAAUGCUGCAGCAGCACAGCCAAAUUUCAUGAGGCCGGUUUCUGGUGAACAAUUGGGAGUUCAUGAAAUGAAGAUUGGUUCCAUCACACUCCAAGUAGUUAGUGGAGAUAUUACCAAGGAAGACACAGAGGUUAUUGUAAACAUAUCAAAUCCAUCAUUUGAUGCCAAAACAGGGGUCUUCAAAGCAAUUAUGGAUGCUGCUGGUUCCCAGGUAGCUGACGAAUGUGCUCAAUAUGCUGGGCAGUAUCAAAGUGGCUUUAUUACUACACGUGGUGGGAACCUGCGGUGCAGUAAAAUCAUCCAUUUGAUUACCGAUAACCAGGUGAAGAGUCAGGUCUCCAAAGUGCUUUAUGAGUGUGAGCGCAGGAUGUACAAAUCUGUUGCUUUCCCAGCUAUUGGAACAGGUCAAGGAGGACAGAGUUCAGCCAAGGUAGCUGAUGAAAUGUUGGAUGCUGUAGUGGAAUUUGCAAGACAGAAAUCAGUACAGCAUUUACAGACAAUUAAGAUCGUGAUCUUCCAGACAAAUAUGCUCACAGACUUUUAUGAAAGCAUGAAGAAAAGACAAGAUUCAGAUUCAUCCACAAUGGAAGCAUGGGUAUCUAUGUUUAAAUACCUUUUGGGGGGCAGCAAACAAUCUUCUGAGAAGAAAAAGUUAAUGGUUUUGGAGAAGAAAGUUGAUUUAGUCACAUUUCAAAUUUGUGGAGAAAGCCAAGAAAAGGUGGAUGCAACUGAGUCCUGGAUAAAGGAUUUAAUUUUAAAGGAACAGUUUGAAAACACUGUUUCAGAUGAGGCAAUUGGAAGUUUUGAUGCGACACAAAUUGCUAUUUUGGAAGAUCUCCAGAGAGGAAACCAAGUCACCAUUCAGCUUUUAAAUAAGCUUUCUCCCCCUCAAAUUAAAAUUUCUGGUAUUAGCAGGGACGUCUGUUCUGUUUCUCUAGAAGUUCAAGACAUGAUCCAAAAAAUUAAGUCUACUGAAGAAAAGCAAUCCAAGGCAGAACUUCUUCAUAAUCUGGUAGAAUGGAGGUAUCCAGGAAGCAACGGUAGCUUUGUUCCUUUUGAUAAACUGACAAAUAUGCAGCUGGAGCGUGCCAAGAUGGCUAAAAACCUACAUCUGAAUGUCAAAAUUAAAACUAAGAACUUCAAGGUGGAUCUGAAUACUCUAAAAGCUACUGAUGACCAAGGAAAAACUAUAAAGCUUCAACGUGUGAUAAAGGAUGAAGAUAUGCAGUCAAUAGAGCUCCCUAAGGAGUGGACAGACAUGCAAAAUGAACAGGUCAAAGUGGUGAAGCUCAAGCCAUCACAACCUGAAUAUGCAACAGUUGAGAAGAUGUUUAACACAACAUGUCCUGACUUUAUCAUAGAGAAGAUUGAGAGAAUACAAAAUCGCAUCCUCUGGCAGACAUACCAAUUAAAAAAAAAAUUCAUCUGUAAAAAGAACAAAAAUCAAAAUAACGAGAAGUUGCUAUUUCAUGGGACAGCUGCAUCCUCAUUGAGGUUGAUUAACUGCUAUGGAUUUAAUCGUGGGUAUGCUGGAAAGAAUGCUGCAGCCAUUGGAAAUGGAACCUACUUUGCUCUUGAAGCACGUUACUCUGCUCAGAAUAUUUAUUCCACUCCAGACAUGAAUGGCAAAAAACACAUGUACUUGGCUCGGGUCCUAACUGGGCAGUACUGUGCUGGGAGAGAAGGACUAAAGGCUCCACCACCAAAGAGCUCAGCAGAUCCUACUGACCUGUACGACAGCGUGGUUAAUGAUAUGUUUUAUCCAACAGUGUUUGUCAUAUUUAAUGACAUUCAGGCAUAUCCACAAUACCUUAUUACUUUCAAAUACUAGAAUGAUCUUAAUAGUCUAGAAAAAUUUAGUGCCUUUUACAUGUAAGAAUUUACAGGGUGGUUUUUUAUUCUUUUUACAUCUAGGUUUCUUCUUUAUUGAUCUAUCCGUGUGUUGAAAUAUGCCUUCAAAUUAUUUACAGAAGGACUAACAUUAGCAAAUAUUUUAGAGCGUGCUAUUUCAGUACUCACAUUUCAAGUUCCAUUAUGCAGAGAUGUAGGCAAGAGCUGUGAGGACAGCUCUGACUUCUUCCUACAAGGCAGAGGGGAGAGAGUGGUAUGAGGGGGAACUGCUCUGCCUUACCUGUGGCCAGUAAGAGGUGUGGGGUAGGUCAGACCACCUCUGCAUGUUCCUGAUUUAUUUAAAAGGUUCUGUGCUGAGGGAAUCUGAAAGGUCUUUUCCGAUCAAAGCAGUGCUGUGAUUCUAAUAACCUCACCCAGUUUUCAGUCAUCCUUAGGUAUCCACUCAGCCUUGUUGGUGCUAAAAAUCUGGAAGAAAAAUAAUUCAAAUAUAAACAUGCACUUUGUAUUUAUUGUUCAGACCCCUUACCUGUAUGUCUGUUACCCUGGCAUACUUUGCUUAUUCCUUAGGUAUAAAUGACUGUAUUCAUACCCAUUUCUUAGGGGAAUUCUCCACAGUCCCCCCCUAUUACUUCUAGCUUCCACAAAGUUAGUGUUUUUGCAACUUUCAAGACUAUAAAGAGGGACUUUUAAUUUUUUUCUUUUCAAUACUGAAGCAUUAACUCUUCUGUAGAAUCAAAAAUUUGCAGAGUCCACUACAGAGGCAUAACUCAGUGCACAUGCUUAAACAAUUCUGAUUGCUGAAUUUUUCUGAUAGCUGAAAAUUUUUGAAGUUCUCUAAAAAAAGUUAGUAAUGGCAUUUUUACAUCUUUGCCAGUGGUACUUUUAAUCACAUCUUAAAAUGUGUUUUAAUCUUAAAACUGCCAACCAAAAGCUAUAUACACGGUUUUAAUAAAAGUAGUUUCAGACAGAUACACUGUAUUGCUGAGCUGCAACAGGACCACACUUCACUUAGAAGUGUUGCUUCACAUUUGAAUAUGUUACAGUAAUGCAAUAAAGACUUUGAAGACAAAA